AAAAAAAAACAACGUGAUUACUGAUUGUGGUUAUUCUUAGCGAAGAUCGAAGGCGAUAUAAAUCAUUGAAUGAAAGACAACGAUCUCGAUGAUUAUCUAACAGGGGUUUUGUUGAUAUUUAUGCGGGUAAAUAGUUCCGAGUUCCGAAUGUCAUGCGCGAUGUAGUAGUGGAAGAGGUCGUCGCGAGCGUUGUGCAAGUUUUGUUAUCGUGCCUGUCACUCAACCGUAUCGCCAGAAAAGGAUUUCGUCAAUAGGUAGCCACUAUUACGUUAGAAACGAAGGAACAAAGUAAAUUGAAAAAUGGGCGAAAAAGCACAGCAGGAGAGAAACGAGAUAGUGCGUAAAAAAAUGCUCGAUCUUCGUGACUUUUCGAUCGGUCCAAUGCCUCAAAAUUCCCCGUGGCUAAGACCGGUUAGAAUCAGCUUUCAACAAGACGGUGUUCAGAAAGCGUGGGAUCUUAUGAGAGCUCACGAAAGUGUCAGCAUUCUUAUUUUCAAUACAACCCGAAAGAAAUUGGUAUUCGUCAGACAGUUCCGUCCUGCUGCUUAUUACGCUUGUAUACCCGAAACUAAAGGACCUGUGGACACCGAGAAGUAUCCACCUGUCAUGGGACUAACCCUCGAACUGUGCGCAGGCAUUGUUGACAAGGAUAAAUCUCUCGUUGAAAUUGCUCGGGACGAGUUGAGAGAAGAAUGUGGAUACGAGGCUCCUGCGUCUGCUUUUUCCAAAAUCGUCACUUACCGGAAUGUGUCAACAACUGCAACGAGACAUACGCUGUAUUACGUUGAAGUCACAGACGACAUGCAUGUUCACCCUGGUGGUGGCGCUGAAGAGGAAGAUGAAUUGAUCGAAGUGGUCGAUAUGAGCGUUCGAGAAUUGAAGAACUACAUAGAAUCCGACGAAGUUCAAAGUCCACCAGGAUUUUUAUUCGCGGCGCACUGGUUUUUGUCAAACAAGAAGGAGCAUUGUUCGUAGAAAAACAAAAUAACGUCCGUAAUUCCGCAGUACUUGUCUCAACGCAGAGUUAAAUAGUUAGUGAAUUAAACCUGAAGAACUAUUUCACGAAUUCUUUCGUUUUUAUUUACAAACGGGAAAAGGGAAUAAGGUAUUUACACGAGUGAGAGAAAGAGCUAAGGAAGGAGAAAGAGACGGGGUAGACAGACGUAAUUGAUAAAUUAGGCGUCAAGGAAAAUAAAAGAAGAAAAUAACCGAAGAUGGUUCAGUGAUCGUUGUCAUCCUUAGUGAAUUGAGAGCUCACCCAGGCGAGGCCCCACUUCAAAUUGGUCAGUAAAAAUUUGAGGGCUUUGGUCCACUGUUCCUCGGAAUUGAACUGUAUUCUGGAAGAUAAAAAAAGGAAACGAAUAUACAUGAUUAAAGAUUAAUUUAGCAAAAUAAACAUUGAAAUAGUAAAGGGGAGAAGAAAUGAUUUGCUGUGAUAAUAAAUGAAAGUGAAUACAUAAGAAAAAGAAAUAAAUUAUUUCAACAAA